GGUGGAAGAAAAUUUAAAGACUGUUAAUUAUAGUACAUAUAUAACAAGAUUUUUAUAUUUUGGAGAAUAUUUUCACAGUAGUUCGGAUGAAUUACAAGAGAUAAUGGGGAAGAUUAUACAUGCACUGAACGGAAAUUCAAAUGAAAAUCUCAUAACCGGUUUGUUGCUUAUUUAUCCAAGAUUUUAUAUGCAUCUGUUAGAGGCGCCCGAAGACAUCAUUUACAUGCAUUUCAAGGAUAUUUAUGAGAAUAAGAACAAAGAUGGAAAAUUUGGAAAAGCUAUUGUUUUACUUGUGUAUCACCACGUUUAUCACGCGCAUGAGAUUGCUGGAUCUUUAUUUCAUUUAAAUGAAGAAAUACCUGAAUAUCUUCCGGAGAUGACCGUAUUGGAAUAUUUCUUAAAUUUAAAAUCAAACAUAUUGACCACUGUUGAGGAUUAUAUGCGAAUUUACAGAGACGUACCGUUUAUAGAAUUUUACGGAGAUACAAUUUGGCCACCUCCUUCGUAUAAUUUACCACGUUAUGACGCGUUGGAGAAGUGCGUCGAUCGAUUGACUGACGAAGAUGAUCUAACAAGGAAGAAAAUAUAAACUUUAUUGAUAAUUUUAAGAUUAAAACGAAAAUUAUUUCAUUUGACGAGAUCAUCGAACAUUUGUUUUAUUUCUCUUGUUUAUACUGAUUUUUAUUACGACAAAAAUCGUAAUUAGAAUUUUUGUUCUAAUCUUAUCAGAUGUGUGUGUGCGUGUGUGUUUGUUUGUUUGUGUGUGUAAACAACAUUCAUGAAUUAAAAAUAAAAUUUGUAUUUUUUGUAAUCAUCGUAUAGUGAACGUCAUUAAUCUCGAACAUGCAGACGAACAAAAUUCGUCCAUAUUUGUUCUUUUUUUUUUUUUUUAUAAUUGGUGCGUAUCUCUGUUUCUUUUUCUCUAAUAAUUUCAUGUAAAAUUUUUCUUACAAGGAUAAAUUACGCAUUUUCCAAUUUAGCAAUCACUAACGUACAUAUGUUAAUAGUACAUAGGAUUAUGUACCAACAUCAAUUCCAUCAAUGGCAAUAAUAAUUAACAAUUCUUUUAGUAAACAUUAUAGUCAGAUUUCUCAGAGAUAUAACUUAAUGUCUAGCGAUCGAAAGAACACAUUCAUGUAGAAGUUUAGAGAAACGUUCAGCUUCGACAUUAUUUUUAUUAUUGAACGACACGCGAAAACAUCACUUUCUCUCUCUCAUGUUCUAUUUUCUUAAAAGACCAAAUAACUUUUCCUUAAGUAGAUACUCCAAUCUCUUUCUCAUGUUUUUAUUUCUUUUCUUGUAUGUUUUUCUUCUUUAGAAAUGUUUGAAGUAUCCCCCCCCCUUCCCCCAUCACAAGUAUUAAUGUAUGUUUCUCGGGGUUUUAAUCGUAAAAGUGGACAUUUACAACAUGAAGCAAAAUAUCGUCCACUUUCGAUCAACAACAACCGACGAUGCGCUCAUUUCUUUACCUUGAAUCUUUUGAAAUCGUGAAAAUUGUUGUAAUUUAUUAAUCUCUUCUUUUUCUACAAUUAGAACAUUGGCGCCAUGGGGCAUCGUAAUUGUAUCACCGUUGGCGCCGAUAACAAAAAUCGAUAAUCGACAAAAGCUAUACACUCGCGCACAGUUUUGCUCUUUUUUUUCUUUUUUUUUCUUUUUAUACAAAUUUGCAAUCUACAGGAAGGAACCACGGCUGAAACACGGUUGUAUUGUAAUAAAACGCGAUUUUAUUAAACGCGCUAGUGCCCCCCCUUUAUUUUUUCCUUUGCUUUUUUUUUGUUUCUUAAACACAGGAAAGUUAUUCGCAAGGGUUUAUAUGGGCAUUUAUUCUUAUAACGAUUAACGAUACGUUCAGGUAUAGUACAAGGGAGAGGCAACGGGAAAUGACCUCCGAUGAUACAUUAGAUUUCCAACAAGAUUUUCUUAAGCUUCGAAACAGGCAGUAAUUUGUAGGACUAUCGCAAUUACGUACCAUGAGUGAGACAGACUUAACUUAAGACUUAAAGGGUUAUACCAACUUGCUGUUUUAAGGGUAAACUAACAUGAAAAAAAAUUUUUUUUUUUUUAAUAUUACAAUUAAACGUAAUAUGUAAUCAAUAAAUAAA